AUGUCCGCCUUCACCUUUGUUUGCCCUCCCAUGAACUCGCUCGAUGUGUGGGAAUACUCGUUGAGGCCCGCUCAGGACUCGUCUGAAUCUGAUUCGGGAGUAGCGAGUGGUGAUGUGACGUCCGAGAGCUCUAGAGCCAGCUCGCCAGUUUCCGUCAACAGCGAAGAGGAUUUCAUGGACGAAAUCUUGAAGUCCUGUGUCAAUAUGGCCAUGGAGAGCCCGAAAAAAGGAGAGAACAAGGUGAGCAGAGAGUUUAGUUUUAUUUUAUGUUCGAUAUUUUUAUAAUUUUUGCGAGUUUUUGGCACUUUUUGGGUUCACUUUAUAUUAUACUAGGUCAUCAGAUAAAUUUUUUCAUUUUUUCUAAUUUUUUCUUUGUAAAGUUAUAUUUUUGACAUACUCAGAGUAUUUUAGAGGUUUUACCUUUAUCUCAAAAAUUAUUUGCCCCAAAAUUUCUAGGAUUUUAUGAAAUUUUAAAAAUUUUUCCCGCACAGUGCAUUUUUUGAAUUUUUGGCACAGUGCAGUCAUUUGUUGGUAAAAUUAAUGUUGGAAAAUGUCGGAAGCUACUAUUUAAUGUGCUUUUUAGAAUAUAAAUAGCCUAAAGCUGCUUUAUAAUUUUUAAUUAUUUUUGAGAUUUUUAAAAUUUUGAUGACCUAAGAUAAUAUAAAUAUUUUUUGAAGAAUUUUCAAAAUUUUUAUGGCAUUAAAGUAUAGAUAAGGUGUUGAUAGAUUGAUUUAGGAUAAAAUUACAUAUUGAUCUUCUAAAAAAUCUUGAAAUUUUAAGGAAAUUAAAAAAAAAACUAAAUUUUUUGAUUUUUAAAAAUUUUCAUUUUUUUCAUUUCUAAAAAUAUGUUUUUUCAGGUCCAACCUUCCCCAAUCUUCUCUCAGAACCCCCUCUACUCUCGUCCACCUCCAUCCUUCCCCUAUCAACCGGUCAACUUCACCAACAUUCCUCCGCCGAACGUCAAGACCGUGAUCCCGCUGCUGAACGGCGGCUUCUUCCCGAUGGCUCCGAAUGAGCCGGUGUGGCCCAACUUCACUCUUCGGCCCAACAAACGAGAGGACGCGGCACUCCGAGAGCGCAUUCGCUGCGGACAGCUCAAGUUGAAGCGGCUCUAUCGCAACUACAAGACCACCAUGUGCAACUCGUUCGAGAAGGAUGGAACCUGUCCGAGGGGAGAGAAGUGUGCGUUCGCUCAUGGAGAGAAUGAAUUGAGGAGUCCGAGAAUCUUGGUGAGUUAGUUUUUUAAGGUUUUAGAAGCAUUUUAGGUAUGUUUUCAUCAAAAAUUACCUUAUUUUAGAGAUUUUUUUCAAAAAAGUCUCAAAAAUUUUCAAAUUUCGAGGAAAAAAUCAAUUUUUUCUUUUAUGAAAUUUACUGUAAUACUAUUUAAAAACUAAUUUCAUACUUUUUAAAUAUCAAUUUCACCAUUUUUCGACGAAAAUUCAUCUUACUUUAGUCAUCACAUCAGGUCAAAAAAAAAUUCAAAAAACUUUCAAAUUUGGAGAAAAAAAUCAAUUUUUUCUUUUAUGAAAUUUACUAUAAUACUAUUUAAAAGCUAAUUUCAUACUUUUUAAAUAUCAAUUUCACCAUUUUUCGACAAAAAUUCACUUUAUUUUAGUCAUCAUUUGUUAAAAAAACCCUCAAAAACUCAAAUUUCGAGUAAAAAAUCAAUUUUUUCUUUUAUGGAAUUUACUGUAAUACUAUUUAAAAACUAAUUUCAUACUUUUUUAAUAUCAAUUUCACAAUUUUUCGACAAAAAUUCACCUUACCUUAGUCAUCACUCUAGUCAAAAAAAAAUCUCGAAAACUUUCAAAUUUCGAGGAAAAAAUCAAUUUUUUCUUUUAUGAAAUUUACUAUAAUACUAUUUAAAAGCUAAUUUCAUACUUUUUAAAUAUCAAUUUCACCAUUUUUCGACAAAAAUUCACUUUAUUUUAGUCAUCAUUUGUUAAAAAAACCCUCAAAAACUCAAAUUUCGAGUAAAAAAUCAAUUUUUUCUUUUAUGGAAUUUACUGUAAUACUAUUUAAAAACUAAUUUCAUACUGUUUUAAUAUCAAUUUCACAAUUUUUCGACAAAAAUUCACCUUACUUUAGCAUCUUUUGUCAAAAAAAUUUCAGAAUCUCUCAAAUUUCGAGGAAAAAAUCAAUUUUUUCUUUCUCACAUUUCAUUAUUAUGCCCUUACAACACUAAUCAAACCUUUUUCAGAACCCCUUCGUCCACAAGACCCGGCCAUGCACUCGUUUUGCCAAAGGCUUCUGCAAAUACGGCGAGAAAUGCACUUUCAUGCACCUCAAACGGCAAUAA